AUGUAUAAAGAAGACGCUAAUGAGUCGGAUGCGGACGACGCUGCCUCGGACGAUUCCCACCUAAUUAUUCACGUCAGAGUAUUCGCGCUCGCAGAGAAAUACGAUAUACUACCUCUUAAAGUACUAUCUCUAAAGAAAUUUAAGGCUAUAGUCCGAUUGCGCUAG